AUGUGGGAGCGGGAGCUCAACGAAAACACGUCUUCAGUCGGCCAUGAUCACCUUAUUAUUUCCUCCUUCAUGGUGUUUGCCAUCGGGAUCAUCAGCAUGGUGUUCUGUGGUCACCUGGGGAAGACAGAGCUAGCUGGAGUUUCUCUAGCCAUCGCAAUCAUCAAUGUUACUGGUAUCUCCAUCGGAACCGGUUUGACCAUAACAUGUGACACACUCAUAUCUCAGACGUAUGGGAGUGGUAACCUGAAGCGAGUGGGUGUGAUUCUCCAGAGGGGGGUCCUGAUCCUGCUGCUGGCCUGUUUCCCCUGCUGGGCCGUCCUCAUCAACACUGAACCUCUCCUGCUGGUCUUCAGACAGAACCCCGAGGUGGCCAGUUACUCCCAGCUGUACGUGAAGAUCUUCAUGCCGGCUCUCCCGGCUUCUUUUAUGUACCAGCUGCUGUCAAAGUGUCUUCAAAACCAGAGAAUCAUCUGGCCUCAGAUUAUAACCGGAGGCAUCGCAAACAUCCUGAAUAUCGUCAUCAACUACGUCUUCUUCCACCUGGAGCUGGGCGUGGCUGGAUCUGCUGCAGCCAACGCCAUCUCUCAGUAUUUACUGGCUGCUCUGCUUUAUGUUUACAUCAUCUGGAGGGAACUGUUCAAGUCUACAUGGGCAGGUUGGUCCAUGGACUGUCUCCAGGAGUGGGGGCCCUUCAUCAAACUGGCCAUCCCCAGUAUGCUCAUGCUGUGUCUGGAGUGGUGGCUGUUCGAGGUGGGAGGUUUCCUGGCUGGGAUGGUCAGUGAGACGGAGCUGGGGGCCCAGGCCAUCAUCUACCAGCUCACUGUCAUCGCUUAUAUGUUCCCGUUGGGUUUCUCCGUGGCUGCCAGUGUUCAGGUGGGAACAGCUCUGGGUGCAGGACACGCUGAACAAGCCAGGAAGAUCUGCAAGAUUCCUGUUAUCGUUGCAGUCAUAAUUGCUUUAAUUGUUGGAAUAACUUUCACCGUCUCUAAAAGUGUCAUCGGAUACAUUUUCACCACAGAGCGGGAUGUUUUAGACCGAGUUAGUGACGUCAUGGUUGUUUUCGUCUUCAUGCAUGUUGCUGAUGCCACCGCGGGUGUGACUGGAGGCGUCCUCAGAGGAGCAGGGAAACAGUUUGUUGGAGCCAUGUGUAACCUGGUGGGACAUUAUUUCAUCGGUUUCCCCAUCGGAGUGUCCCUGAUGUUUGCAGCAGACAUGGGCAUCGUAGGACUGUGGACAGGUCUGACUCUCUGUGUGGUGAUGCAGGCCAUGUUCUUCGUCAUUUAUCUGUGGAGGCUUGAUUGGGACAAAGCUGCUCAAGAGGCUCGUGAGAGAGCAGGGAUCAAGGACAAAGAAGAGAAAGAGAUGGUCAAGAUGGAAAAUAUAGACUCUAAGCAGCCUCAGGUCUGUACUGUUGCCUCUCGGGUUGAGAGCGGCGAGGAGGAACCGGAGCAGAAUAAAACCACGACCACGGUGGUGGGAGACGUCCUGACGCUGAGACAGCUGGCGGUACGACGAGGACUCACCGUCAUCAUCAUGUUCUUCAUCCUCGCUGCUGGGAUCCUCUGCAGCCACUUCCUGCUCACAGUUCUGAGAUGA